CACUACGACCUCAAAAACACCUCUGGAACAAAUUUCAGCUGCAAAUUAAACACAACAGUCUACGUGUAGCGUCAAGUAUCAAAACAAAGUGGUGGAAGAGCGGAAGGGAUCUGAGCUCCAGUGUGCAGUAAGUGGAGGUGACACUGCAGUGACUGGCGGCAUGUGAGGAACUCGUGAGACGGUGGCGGCUGGAGAACACCACAACUCCAGUAAAGUAAUGUCAGGCUGGUUAAGAGAUGGAGUGGUGCUAGAGGGUCAGGGCAGUGGCCAAGCGUCUCCUCGUAGCCCUAGAUUUAGGACCCCAACAUCAGGGAGAGGAGCAAGGCCCUCACCUAACAGUUCAGCCUUCAGGACCCCGCAGGACACAAUGAAGAAAGCCAAAGAGCUGUUUGGGCUGUGUGAUAAAGAGAACAAGGGCUUCAUCACCAAGAGAGACUUGCAGCGGUUGCAAGGAGAGGUGCCUCUGACUCCAGAGCAGCUGGAGUCCGUGUUUGAGAGUUUGGACCGUGACAGAAAUGGCUUCCUCACGCCUCUCGAGUUUCACACCGGCCUAGGUGAGCUGGUAGAAGAGUGUGAGGAGAAAGAUCCAGCAGAGCUCAGAUUCACACAGAUUCUUAUAGAGCUUGGAGCAGAUAAACUCCUGAAAGAUCAGUGGGAGCUGUGUUCCCUUUGGUGUGAUUUGCAGAAAGACAGGCCUGAGUUGUUGAAUCUGCUGGAGGAAAUCCUUUCCCACGCCGUGGCUCAUCUUCAGGAUGCGUUGAGAGAGAAGGACAAUUUGGAAGAAACUCUACGCAGACGAGAAGACGACCAUGACAGAGUGGUGCGCUCGCUUUACGAAGACCUCGAGAACCAACUCAAAGAAGAGCGAGAGAAACGAGUCACUCGGGACAGUGCGAGACAGGAGGACAAAAGAGAGCAGCUUCUGCAGGAGCUGAGGAUGAGAGAGCAGGAACUAGAGUUCACACUGACCAAGCAGAGAGAGCUGGAGACUAGGAUCAAGGCUCUGUGCCAGGACCAGGCGAACACUCGGGGGCAGAACCAAAGGCUGCAGCUCGUGAACGCAGAUUUGCGGGAACAGUUGGAGGAGAGCCGGGAGGAGCUACAGAAGGCACUUAACCAGCUGCAGAUCCUGCAGGAAACACUCACGGAUCAGCAGGAGAGCAAGCAGAGGCAAGUGUUGAAAGUCUCCAGAAACAUGCAGAAAGAGAGAGAGAGCCUGAUGAGGCAGCUGGAUCUGCUCAGGGACAUGAACAAGCGUUUGCGGGAUGAGAAGGAUGCACAGCAGGAUCAGAAGAGGACACCUAAGAUGAAGAGACCUUUAGAGAAGAAAGGAUCAAUAAUCGGAGACUAUAUGCUGGUCAAGAAACCUGGCAACAGACAGGUCAGUUUUGUCGGUCAGAUGACGAAGAGCUCACCUGAUGUGAUUGCUGAGGCAGAGCUAGCACUCUCAGAGAAAAAACAUAAAGCGGAUACACACAGCAAAACGGCUGGAGUAAGCGGUCCACAGCGUGUGUUUAAAGUUGUGUUUUUAGGCAGCUCAGCCGUGGGUAAGAGCUCAUUCAUCUAUCAGUACUGCAGAGGGCACUUCCCCAAUAAAAUGAGCACUACUGUAGGUAUGGAUUUCCAGGUGAGAAGUCUAGUGCUCGACUCCACCCAAAUUGCUCUCCAGCUUUGGGACACAGCAGGACAGGAGAGAUUCCACAGCAUCACGACACAGUAUUACCGUAAAGCAGAUGGGAUCUUGGUCAUGUAUGAUGUCACUCAGACAGCCUCGUUCAUGGCAGUGCGUGAUUGGCUCGACCAAGUACAGAAAAACAAGGCUGAUGGUGCAUGUGUGAUGCUGCUAGGCAACAAGAUGGAUUUGGAUAUGGAGGAUGGAGGAGGGAGACCGGUGACCACCAUGCAGGGACAGAAACUGGCUCAGGAGUAUCAGGCUGAGUUCUUUGAAUGCAGUGCUAAAAGUGGCCUUAAUAUCCAAGAGGCUAUGACACAUCUGGCUAGACUGAUGGGGGCCCAGCAAGACAAACAGUGCGAGUCUGUACUUCACUCUCUAGACAGCUCAAGCCAUAGAGGGCACUGCUGCACAUAAGUGGAGACAGAGAGCAGCAUCACAUGAGGAUGAACCACUGAUAAACACCCAAUCACAUGGUCACACCACUGCUCUGAAACUGCCUGCAGCAUAUCAGAAAGAACAUCUCACUGCUCUAAUGCAACAUGUGGAAAUUCGCCUGAACAAUCUGUGAACAUGACUUGAACUAUUUUGGACAGUGAUUCCUUAUUAUCGCAAUUUUUUUCAAUAUAUUUUGGCCAGACCAAGAAUUAUGCUAGUUUUGACCAAACUGAGAAAACCCGUUUGGAAAACUGACUUCCGGCCCUGAAUGCUCGUUUGUGUUUGUAUAUACUUCCUGUCAGACAUGUUGUAGAAAUUAUAUGGGCUUUGGGAACACGGGCGAGAAUCAUUUAAAGUCUUCGUGAAGUGCCUUGAAACAUACAGCGUUAUUCGAUGUGUUGACUAUGUGUUGAUGUGUUCAUAUCAUUUCCACUGAAACAAGAAGUCAGGGCGGGACAUCGAGUGGCUCCUCCACCCUUUUCAUAGCCAAUAGUGUUUAGCUUACCUCCUAGCCUGGGCUAUGAAGCCGUACUUGACACUCAGCACCAUGGAUUUUUAUAAUGUUGUGGGCGGGACACUUCAGAUUCUAGAGCGCAUUCGAUCCGACAUAAAGUCUGAUGAGAAGCUGAAGAAGUGCAGGAUGAUGUCAUCAAAACUGGUGUUGCGUAUUGGUGGUAGACAGAGACUGUACUUUUCAAUGCAUAUAUCUUCUAAAUGCGAAUUCUGUCAUUGUUUUGGAGCCCACUAUCUUAUAAAUAACCUUAAGCCACAAAACAUAGACACCUAAUCUUGAAAAAAGAGAGAGAUUAAUCUUACCUAAUGUACAUUUUAAAAUCAUUCUAAACAUUUCUCUUGUUUGCUUUCAACAUAUUUACUACUGAAAAAGAUUAAUGUCUAUUAUGAAUGGUAUUUUCUAAUGCUGUGACUAAUAUAAAUGGGAAGGAGUAUAAAAUAAAUAAAUAAAAUUGAACCCAACAUGCAAAGA